CUAUUGUAUACGAAUUCUAGUUUGUGUACGAAUAUAUUAUCUACUAUACUAGUACUUUAUGGUCUUCGAUUGUUGUAUCGGGUCUGGUAUAGCCCUACUGUAGGCUAUGAAGAAAAGUUCACCGAUCUGAAAGUGUUGAAAUACUACAUGGUGAAUUUGAAGGCAUGAAGCAACUCACUCAAGAGGAAUGUACAACGGUUGCAGAAAGUUUAGACAAACGAGACCCGUCCUCGCUCAUCAUACAAGGUGUUAUAAAUGGGGAAUUACGGUGUAACCGCGGUUGGUACGUCUUCUUGGUUGAUAGCUGGCCAUAUUACAAUGUGCUAAUUGCAAAGCCAAGCGACUUUCUCCACAAGGAAAAUUCCUACUUGGCUAAUUUCUUCAGCCACUACUAUUAUUUUACCCGAUGCGAAGACAAAAACAUCGAAGAACUUUUCAGAAGUACGAUUGAUGUUUCACGAAAUACGGUUGUCUGUUUAUUCGGUGAGCACAGGGACCUUCUAGAAGCUUAUUUGACCAAACACGGCACAUUCGAAAUGAUUGCUGACUGUGAUAUGAUGGGAUUUGAUGAGAACAACCCAUCUCCGUUACCAGCUGAACCCACAGUUGAUGAAUUGGAAGGUCUGAAACUCGAAUCACUUUCUCCAGAUGAUGCUGAGUUUGUGAAUACCACUUGGAAAUUUGGAACGGCAGAAACACAUGUACUCAUGGAGGAAAGUAUAAAUUCUUUGCCGAGCAUAUGUCUGCGCCAUUUCUCUGGUGACGUCAUUGGUCACAUGAUCACGGGUCAGGACAUGUGUCUGGGAAGACUUUACGUGCGACGAGAAGACAGAAGGAAGGGCUAUGGAAAGGUUUUACUGGCAGCAUUAGCGAGGAAACACUUGGCUCUUGGUAAUCCGCCAUUUUGGUUCAUAGAGGAGGGGAACGUGGCAUCUAUGAAACUAUCAAGACAGAUUGGGGCAAGAUUUCUCAGUAAGGUGUCAUGGGUUCGAUUUGAUCCUACAAAUGAUGUAAGCUACAAUAAUUACUGAAAUUCAUAAAAACAAACUGCACUGUUCUGCCGUGCAUCCCCUGGGUUACAAUGGAAAUCGGAGUUAACUAGAUGCAAUAUUAUGACAAUAUAGUAGUUCAUGUACAUUGAACCUGGAAGUAUCAUUAAUAUAUACUGUAUUUUAAUGUGUUUGAAUGAGAAAGGUUACAACCUGCUAUCAGCGGAAUAAUAUUUGAUUUAACUUCUGAAAGAAUUUUUACAAAAUUGUUCAAAAUAUUUGCGAUUUUUGGAAAGAAUUCAAGCGCGGGACUAAUGCAUUGUAGGUGAU